AUGUAAUAAGCUUAUGCUAUCGUUAAGGAUGAUUUUGAGUAGAUUUAAGCAAUUCAAUAAAAAUGGAAGCAUCAGGAGAUUAAGAAGGAAUUCAGAGAAGAUUUCAAAAGAUUAAAAUUAAAUUUCAAUGAGGAGUAAAACUAGGAUUUCCAACUUCCUGAUGUUUUUAUAACUACAAAACAAUAUCAUUCAAAACCAGCAAAGAGUCCAAAAACGAGAAAAAAAUAGUCAUUCAGUUUUGAUUACGUAUUUCAAUCAAUAAAAAUGUCAAAAAACUAAAGAAACCUUGAAUUGUCAACUUUGGAAUCCAAUUACAAAAAGUUUAAAAAAUAUUGUUGUUCUAUAAAAUAAUCUCCAAAAGAGGAGAUCUUGAGUUAAUGUGUAUCAAUAUCAAGAGAUUAGAACUUUUAAAAGAUUGAUGGCAUUAAAUUUCCUGAAAGUCUAUAUACAAUUCAUAAAAAAAGGAGAGACAAAUUAGAUGACAUCUUUAAAAAUUAAACUUGUGAUAAUUCAAUUUAUAAAAUCAAAUAAUUUGAAGAGGAAAACUAAAAACAAUGUAUGAUUUCAAACAAAUAAAAGGAAUAUACAAGUAGAUCCUAUUUAGAUAAUGCAUAUUUCUCAAUUUUAUCAGUAAAUAGAGAAUGUCGAUAAAGAGUAAAAAACGCGAUUCAAUAUUCGUUACCUCAGGAAUCGAGAUUUUAAUAAUUCUGA